AUGGAAAUGCUGCAUGGAGCGAGGAGUCUGCUGAAAUUAAUCAGGAAGCAGCCUCCGAGCAGGGGCUCGGAGGGGAGGGGGCCGGAUGAGGGAUGGCCGGGCCACGGCUCUGUAGGAGGGGGGAUAACGAGGGCCGAGGGAUGGAGGGGACGGCCACCGGAGGGCCGGAUCAAUGAGGUGAACUCGGUGGUUUGUGACGCAGCAGCAGCAGCAUUUGUCUCCAUGUCCGACCAGGCUCUGGCUGUCCGGCCGUCCUCCCGCCGGCCUGCUCCCAGCUGUACAGAGGGCAUCAAUCACGAGUGCAAGCUGUGUAACCAGAUGUUUGACUCACCUGCCAAGCUGCUUUGCCACCUGAUAGAGCACAGCUUCGAAGGCAUGGGAGGUACCUUCAAGUGUCCCGUCUGCUUCACAGUGUUCGUUCAGGCCAACAAGCUGCAGCAGCACAUCUUCGCCGUGCACGGUCAGGAGGACAAGAUCUACGACUGCUCGCAGUGUCCGCAGAAGUUCUUCUUCCAGACAGAGCUACAGAACCACACGCUGAGUCAGCACGCGGCGUGA